CGCGAGACCGAAGAAUCCUCCCGAUCUGCCCAAUUCCUCCAUUCCCCAAAUCCACGCCCCCCUCCAAGCCCUAACCCCAACCUCGCCCGCCGAUGGCCGCCACCGCGGCCGCCUCGGCCGCCGCGGCGGCGGCGGCGAACUCCGACGAGGAAGAGAACUACGAGGAGUACAUCCCCGUGGCCAAGCGCCGGGCCAUGGAGGCCGAGCGCCUCCGCCAGCUCCGCCUCUCCAAGCCGGCGCCGUUCUCCUCCUCCGCCUCCUCCCUCCCGCUGCCGCCUCCCCCGCCGCUGCCGCCGGCGCAGCUGCCCACCGUCCCCGACGCCGCCGCCAAGCCCAGCCUCCUCGUCAAGGCCACGCAGCUCAAGCGCGCGGCCCCGGAGGUGACCGCCACGGAGCAGCGCAUCCAGCAGGAGAAGGAGGUGAUCGACAACCUCUCCGACGGCAAGUCCCUCAGGUCCGUCCGCGAGCUCGCCAAGGGCAUCGUCUACACGGAUCCGAUCGAGACCGGGUGGAAGCCGCCCCUCCGCCUCCGCCGCAUGCCGCUCGCCAAGGCCAACGAGCUCCGCCGCAAGUGGCACAUCAUCGUCGACGGCAACGACGUCCCGCCGCCCGCGCGGGACUUCCGCGACCUCCGCCUCCCGGAGCCCAUGCUCCGGAUGCUGCGCGAGAGGGGCAUCGUCCAGCCCACGCCCAUCCAGGUGCAGGGGCUGCCUGUCGUGCUCUCCGGGCGCGACAUGAUCGGCAUCGCCUUCACGGGGUCGGGGAAGACGCUGGUGUUCGUGCUGCCGCUUAUCAUGGUGGCGCUGCAGGAGGAGAUAUUGAUGCCAAUUGUGCCCGGGGAGGGCCCGUUUGGGAUGAUCAUCUGCCCGUCGCGGGAGCUGGCCAAGCAGACCUAUGAUGUGAUUGAGCAGUUCCUCCUUCCACUCAAGGAUGCUGGGUACCCAGAGAUAAGGCCUUUGCUUUGCAUCGGGGGUGUGGAUAUGAGGACACAGCUGGAUGUGUUAAAGAAGGGCGUGCACAUCGUGGUGGCAACGCCUGGCCGUCUCAAGGAUUUGCUUGCCAAGAAGAAGAUGAAUCUCGAUAACUGCAGGUACUUAACCUUAGAUGAAGCAGAUAGGCUGGUUGAUUUGGGAUUUGAGGAUGACAUCAAGGAGGUUUUCGACCAUUUCAAGGAUCAAAGGCAGACCCUUCUUUUUUCUGCUACUAUGCCUCAGAAGAUUCAAAAUUUUGCGAAGAAUGCCCUUGUGAAACCAGUUACUGUCAAUGUGGGGAGAGCUGGAGCAGCAAAUCUUGAUGUCAUUCAAGAAGUCGAGUAUGUCAAGGAAGAUGCUAGAAUUAUAUACCUCCUUGAAUGCCUCCAAAAGACUCCACCGCCUGUUCUGAUCUUCUGUGAAAACAAGGCUGAUGUCGACUACAUCCAUGAGUACCUUCUUCUAAAGGGAGUGGAGGCUGUUGCGAUCCAUGGAGGAAAAGAUCAAGAGGAAAGACAGAAUGCAAUCGACUCCUUCAAGUCUGGGAAGAAGGAUGUUCUGGUGGCUACCGAUGUUGCAUCAAAGGGUCUUGAUUUCCCUGACAUCCAGCAUGUCAUCAACUACGACAUGCCUGCUGAAAUAGAGAACUAUGUCCACCGAAUCGGUCGAACAGGUCGAUGUGGGAAGACUGGCAUAGCAACUACCUUCAUCAACAAGAACCAAACCGAGACCACGCUUCUCGAUCUCAAACACCUGCUGAAGGAGGCAAAACAGAGGAUUCCACCGGUGUUGGCGGAGCUCAAUGACCCAUUGGAGGAUGAGGAAAUAAUCGCCAAGGAGAGUGGUGUUAAGGGAUGUGCAUAUUGUGGUGGGCUUGGCCAUCGUGUUGGUGACUGCCCGAAGCUGGAGCACCAGAAGUCAAUGGCAAUUGCAGGCUCGAGGAAAGACUACUUUGGUGGCGGGGGCUACCGAGGAGAAAUAUGAUUGCUCUAGGUUGGUGAUUGUGUUAUGGUUAUUAGAAGCUAAGAUGCGGCAACUUGAGCUCAAUCAUGUUAUCUGUAUCAGCUAGCCGAGGCACCUGCCUCGUCAUUGAGGGAAGACAGUUUGCACGACCAAACUUACGAUAUGCUGGGUAUCAUGCUGCUUGCUAGACGGGAUAGUUUGUAGAAGAAGACAACUAGAUUACUUUACCCUCUUGUAAAAUGUAAAGGAUGAGAAUUGUUUGGUGGCAUAUGUUUUAACCUUUUCCCGUGAGCGAAUACAUUUCGGAUAGGUGAUACCAUGGUAAGAUCCAUGUCUAAUGUGUGUGAUCUGCUGAUUAA